ACAGCGCCCCUCUGUCAGUCAUCCAUGGUUUAUACACAUCAUUGGAUAGCACGGACUUUCCGUCUAACCGUGCACCGUGUGUGCAAGCUACUGCGCGUGAGCAUCACAACGUGUUUUGAGGAAAAAGGUCACGAACUCUGACCCUCCCUGAAGCUGCAGCAGACAGAAAAAUAACAUUAAUUUAUUAAACAUCGACACACAAUACGAGAAAACCGCACAAUAACAGGUAAGAUAACUGGAUUGUGCACGAAAAGCUCACAUCAAACGAUGCGUUGGUCAGCUCCGUCAUGUAUCACAAGGAGGAAGAAUACAUAUGCCAAGCCAGCAGCCUAACGGGAAACUGCCAUUAGCUAACUGGCUAACGUAGCUAGCAGCCUUAGCUAACGGUUCCGGACCAAGACAGUGCACCAAAACCGGCAAGUAAGGAGAUUAUAUCAAAACCACACGGAUACUCGGUGUUAUUUGGGACUAAACGUCAUUAAAUCAAACAAUCGCUAUUCGUGUGCCAGUUAUUGGCCAAAACGUGUUCGCUAUGUAGCGAGUGUUCCUGUGAAUCCUGUGAACAGAUGCUAAGUAGCUAUUUUCGAGUUAGCGCGAAUAAGGUGGUUCGAUUUCCGGAACUAAUGUUUGUAAGUAUGAACACAACUAGUUAGCUAAAUGUUGCUUUGUGACGGACUAACAAUGACGUUAAGUCGUUGCAAAUGUAUGUUCUGUAGCUAAAUGUGUGCGAUCUGAGCCUUGUUGCCAAACGCUGUAGUCCCGCCGCUCGCUGCGUUCUUCUAUGGGCCUUGAACCCUAAUGUUCUUUAACCCUUCAAUGUUGACCUUUCACCCACAGGAAAAUAAAUACCUUUAUCUUCCGCAUCGAUUUUAAUUAACUACUAUACCAGAGCGUAUUUGUUGUGCUUACAACCAUGGCUAUUUAUGUACAACGAGCUACAUUUUGUGUGAUAUUUCUCAACUUGGCGUAGAAGGCCAAAAAUGCAGAAGCUAGCUAACGUUAACUUAGCACGCUAGGCCGUGCGACAUUGCAUGCACGGUGUGCGCCACAGGUAACUAGCUAGCUAACUAACGUUAGCAAGUUAACAUUUCAAUAAUAUACCAAGUUGCUCAUAUAACCCUGCAUCUCCCAAAAGUUAGCUAGCUGCCCAGCAUUUACUUUAACUCAAUCCUGUUUGCUCACAUAAGAAGCCACAUUGUGGUCCUCUGUAGCUCAAUUGGUAGAGCAUGGUGCUUGUAACGCCAGGGUAGUGGGUUCGAUCCCCGGGACCACCCAUACGUAAAAAUGUAUGCACGCAUGACUGUAAGUCGCUUUGGAUAAAAGCGUCUGCUAAAUGGCAUAUUAUAUUAUUGUUAUUAUUAUUAUAAGCCAUGAACUUCCUAGGUAGCUUCCUGUAUUUGACUCUUUAUAGCUAGGUAGAUAACUAGCUGAAGUUAGGACAUGGGCACCUCAACAUGUUUCACUGUCACAUUUUAAUGUCAGGUGCACAAGUACAGUGCGAUGUCCAAAUGUUGCUAGAACUGGCCCAUGUUCACAAACAAAUGUAAGGAUCACUGUAUGUGUGUUGUCAGCCUUAUGCAAGGCACAAAAAAAGCUUUCAAUGCAGAUUUUCUCACCCUUGACUCUACUGAGACCUUGCUCUGAUCACAACAUAUUUAUCAUUGAUUAUGAAUGCAUACCCCUUGAGUAACUACUAACUGUGUGAAACAUUCCUUCCCUCUACUGCAGUUUGAUGUGCCUCAUGGGGCUUUGAUGUGAGCAGCAGACAUCAUGGACGGACACACUCAGAGAAUUCAGCUGGUCUCAGCUGAUGGUGGCAUGAUGGGACACCGUAUCCAGGUAAUGGAAUGGACCGGGACCCUGAGACAUGGCUGUAGACUCCUAUGGCAUCUCUUCUCCCUAGGUCAAUGCUUUUAUGAGUCAACAUAUGCAUGGCUAGUAGCUUCAUAUGACUUCAAGGUUAGCAAAUAGCAAAACGAAUAGCUUCAGGGUUGGAUUCCAUUAGAAAGGUACGGUACAAGACACUAUAAACAGAAUACUGUUUAUCUUCAGCAUUCGACAACCCUUAACAGAGCAUAUUAGCUUCAGACAGUAUCCUAACCAGGGGUUGGAACCGGUUCAGGGAACAGAUCCGAAAACUGGAAAAUAAUGCACAUUUUUCAAGGAACAGAAACGGAACCUGGAACGAGAGUGAUCCAUACUGUUCUGGAACAGAACCGUCAUUUUAAAAGCAUGGGAACCGGUUAAUAACGUUAUUUUACGUUCCAGGCAUUUUUCUAGUCUCACAUAAAAACGCAAAACAGAGCGCCUAUGCAAAGCCCUCCCUUUGUCACUCAAAAACGUAUUCCAGUAUCUGGUAAGGUAAGAUGUAUUUUAAAUUCUGGUGCCGCUCUGCACCCGCAAGCUUGUUAGCUAGCUAGUUCAAAGGACAUUCCUCCAUAGAAGCCGCUCCUCCUAGGUGUAAUUAUGUGGACCUAAUUCAGAUAAUGUCAUAACAAGAUGCCCAGUAUUUCAAGCCUCCUCAACCCUCUCUCGCUCUCUCCCCACCCGCAAAAUGUCAGUCGCGUCUUGCGCCAUAGGUUACACUUGUCUGUCCAUCACGCAUGUAAACAACUAGCUUGCCUGCUCUAUUCGCACUGAUUGGUGAAGUAAUUGAUUUUGGUUUCGAACUGGUUCAGAACUUUAUUUAGCUGGUCAGAACAGUGGAACGGAACAAAAAAAAAUAGUGUUUCUGUUCAGAAUGAAAAAUGUAAAAAUGUAUUUUGGUUCCAACCCCUGAUCCUUGAACAGAGCAUAUUAGCUUCAGACAGUAUCCUAACCCAAUAUUACUUGGUGGUGUUUUUAUUUAAUUUCUGUGAUUCUCAUUUGACUUGGCUCCUCCCCUUCCCUUCCAGAUCGUGACGGACCAGUCGACGGGCCAGAAGAUCCAGAUCGUGACGGCAUUGGAGCAGGGUUCUGGUGGCAAGCAGCAGUUUAUCCUGGCUAACGCAGACUACUCUACGCCAGGCAAGGUAAUCCUAGCCAAGCAAGAGGCCUCGUCCCCGGGCAAGGUGAUCCUGGCGGCCCCGGACGGUUCAGGGGUCAACCAGCUGCUGUUUGCCUCUCCUGACCUGGCUGGCCAGCAGAUCCAGGUAGAGGCCUCAGCCUGCACCACCAGUGAUAGUCUAGUCCAUGGAGGGCAGUUUCUACAGCCUUUGACAAGUCCCUUGUACUUGAUUGAUCAAUUAAUGUCACUGACUAGUUAGGAACUCACCUGGUUGUUUAAGUUGUAGCCCUUUACGCUCGUACCCGAAUACGGGUUGAAUAUUGCAGAUUUGGGCACUGAUAAGCGCCUGAAUUGGACCGCAGCGGCUGUACAAUAAGAUGCUAUACAUGACGUCAGUGCUCUGGCUCUGCGUGUUACAGCUCUGUCUGGGUUUUGUCUGACAGCCGGUCUGAACUAGAGCACCGCAUGCGACAAGCAGUUCCCCCCAUCCCUCCUGGUAAGGGGCAACUUUUGCACAUGUGUUGUUGUCAGUGAGGGAAAUGCUGUAAAUUAAGAGGACUCCAUGUAUUUUGAAAGAUGAGACAUUGAGGAAUAUAAUAAAUAAUAUCGCUUUGAUGUCAUACAAGCAAGCCAAACACCCGUGAGCCCAAAUGUGCACUUCACAUUUCCAUAUUAUAAAACUCAUGUCAUACACAGUGUCAACGUUUAUGAUCACUGUUUGAUGUAGAGUUACAAGAUGACAUGGCGUCAUAGAGCCCCACAGUGGAGGUGUCAGAAUACCCAUUAAACCUAGCGGUCAAACAGGGAAAGGAUUCCAAUCGUUUUUCCACCAUUCAUUUUUCCCAUAGGGCGUUUUGGAAACACUUAAAAUAAGGGCUGUGUUUUGUCUAGGCUUACCCUGGUGUGAUGUUUUGAUAACCAUGUAAAUAUGUCUUGGACAAGGUGACUUUUAUCAAUAUAUUCAGCUUUAUUUACUCUCAGAUUUGAAAAUGCUAAUUAGCAUCAAAAUAGACAUCAUGCAAGACUACAAAUCCCUGCAAGCUCCUGCACGUCAUCUCUAGCUGACACCUUUGCUAACAGGUAUUGUGUCAAUUUAAUACUUGCACAAGACAGUUCACAGAAUUGUCAAUUUAAAGAAAUUUAGCCAAUUUAUUCAUUAGUAAAUUUAGCUCAAAUUAGAUAGUUAAUCAAGAGAUUCUUACCUUUGCCUCAAUUUGGCAGUCUCGUCCAGAUCCUCAUGGCAUUUGUAGUUUUUUGUGAUAGCAACACUAGCUGCUAAUUAGCAUUUCAUUUUUUGGGGGGGUAAAUACCUUGAUAAAAAUCACCUUGUCCUAGAGAGAUUUACACGGUUAUCAAAACGUCACGCCAGGGUAAGCCUACACAAAACACAGCCCUUAUUUUAAGUGUUUCUAAAAUCUCCUAUGGAAAAAUGAAUGGUGGAACCAUUUCCUUGUUUGACCGCUAGGUUUUAUGGGUAUUAUGAGUCAUACAGAAUGAGCCUAUGUUUGUCUAUUGUGAAGAAACAUUUCCGUGGAACAUGCACCUGAAUGCACACAUGACUCCUUUCUAUGCGCACCAAAAUUAUCUUUCUCUGAAUUGCCCUAUGAAAGCCUAACACUGUAAGAUUGGAUUUUAUAACUUAGCUAGUCAUGUUGGCAAUAGAACACGCUUUCAAAUGAUGCCCACAUGACCCAGAUUGGGAUUUAUAAUGGACCGUUUUUGGAUUGCGUAAACAGUCAUUAUGUGAUGGCGGGGAUGCAGGGUUGUGUUCCAAACUAAACAACUACAAGUGUGCUUGCUCUAGUUCCUUAACGCCACAACUAGGUGAGCUAAAAAUAAAAAAAUCUUAUAGUUGAAGACUCUAAUUUAAAUAAUAAAAGUGCAUUGAAAUUAUGAAGGGACUGUGCACACUUUGGAGAGGUGUGUGUGUGUGUGUGUGUGUGUGUGUGUGUGUGUGGCCACUUGGAGACACCAGUUACUCAUCUCCCUCAAACCCAUGUCAUUGUUUUUCUCUUAUGUUGCACCUACCCCACAUUUCCCAGGAAUAUUCUUAUCAUGUUACUGAACGUUUCCGGAGUAUUUUCAGAUUUCGUUAUCAUCAAAUGCGGCGAAAAGUAGAGUAAAAGUAAAAUGCACAAAAUCAAACAUCGGAAUGUUUGGAUUCAGUCCUGUCAGUUGAACAGUGUAAUGUUUGGAUUCAGUCCUGUCAGUUGAACAGUGUAAUGUUUUGGAUUCAGUCCUGUCAGUUGAACAGUGUAAUGUUUGGAUUCAGUCCUGUCAGUUGAACAGUGUACUGUUUGGAUUCAGUCCUGUCAGUUGAACAGUGGAAUGUUUGGAUUCAGUCCUGUCAGUUGAACAGUGUAAUGUUUGGAUUCAGUCCUGUCAGUUGAACAGUGGAAUGUUUGGAUUCAGUCCUGUCAGUUGAACAGUGUAAUGUUUGGAUUCAGUCCUGUCAGUUGAACAGUGGAAUGUUUGGAUUCAGUCCUGUCAGUUGAACAGUGGAAUGUUUGGAUUCAGUCCUGUCAGUUGAACAGUGUAAUGUUUGGAUUCAGUCCUGUCAGUUGAACAGUGUAAUGUUUGGAUUCAGUCCUGUCAGUUGAACAGUGAAUGUUUGGAUUCAGUCCUGUCAGUUGAACAGUGUAAUGUUUGGAUUCAGUCCUGUCAGUUGAACAGGUGAAUGUUUGGAUUCAGUCCUGUCAGUUGAACAGUGUAAUGUUUGGAUUCAGUCCUGUCAGUUGAACAGUGUAAUGUUUGGAUUCAGUCCUGUCAGUUGAACAGUGUAAUGUUUGGAUUCAGUCCUGUCAGUUGAACAGUGGAAUGUUUGGAUUCAGUCCUGUCAGUUGAACAGUGUAAUGUUUGGAUUCAGUCCUGUCAGUUGAACAGUGGAAUGUUUGGAUUCAGUCCUGUCAGUUGAACAGUGUAAUGUUUUGGAUUCAGUCCUGUCAGUUGAACAGUGUAAUGUUUGGAUUCAGUCCUGUCAGUUGAACAGUGUAAUGUUUGGAUUCAGUCCUGUCAGUUGAACAGUGUAAUGUUUGGAUUCAGUCCUGUCAGUUGAACAGUGUAAUGUUUUGGAUUCAGUCCUGUCAGUUGAACAGUGGAAUGUUUGGAUUCAGUCCUGUCAGUUGAACAGUGUAAUGUUUGGAUUCAGUCCUGUCAGUUGAACAGUGUAAUGUUUGGAUUCAGUCCUGUCAGUUGAACAGUGUAAUGUUUGGAUUCAGUCCUGUCAGUUGAACAGUGUAAUGUUUUGGAUUCAGUCCUGUCAGUUGAACAGUGUAAUGUUUGGAUUCAGUCCUGUCAGUUGAACAGUGAAUGUUUGGAUUCAGUCCUGUCAGUUGAACAUGUAAUGUUUGGAUUCGUCCGUCAGUUGAGUAGUUGAUUCAUCCUGUCAGUACAUUAAUGUUUGGAUCACUGUCAGUUGCUACUUUUCUUAUGCUUUUCUUAUUUCUUCUGUAAGAAACAUUUCAAUGUAAUACUAGAAGUUAAAUGAUACUCUAACGUUAAGAGAAUGGAAGAAUCAAAUGCUUUUAUUAUUUAAAUAUUGAAAAAAUCUUAUCUACAGACAUUUACAUUUUUACAUUUACGUCAUUUAGCAGAUGCUCUUAUCCAGAGCGACUUACAGUAGUGAGUGCAUACAUUUUCAUAUUUGUUCGUGCUGGUCCCCCGUGGGAACCGAACCCACAACCCUGGCGUUGCAAGUGCCACACGGGCUCCGUUGGUAGACAAACAUCUUCCAAUUGGCUCAUUCAUCCUCCCCUGUAACUAUUCCCCAGGUCGUUGCUGUACAUUAGAAUGUGUUCUCAAGUCAACUUACCUGGUAAAAGAAAUAAAUAAAAGCAACAUAACCCAAUCUGAAGUCAUAUGGGGCAGAGUCCUACAAGCAUUAGAAACAACAUUGGGUGUGGAUACAGUGGGAACAUGUGGGUCUGAGCAUGUGUGAUGUCAUUCAUGUUUAUGUAAAUGUUGUCUAUUGUUUUUGUCUUUUUAUGUUUUUGUUGUAUAAAAAAAACAAAGAAAAAAACAAGGCCCCCCAAAAAAGUUUUGUAGAAUAUAAAAAAGAAUGUAGCCCUAUCCAUAUAGUCCGAUACCCAUGUGUAGAGAGGUUUUAAUUGGACAGCAGACACUAGGCCCUCCAUGGAAUGAGUUUGACACCCCUGGUCUUGUCUUACUUUGUACAUAUUUAUACUAUUGCUGUUAGUCACAGGGCUGGUUCCCCUAGCGCAGAUUAAAGCUACGAUCUGGAAUUACUUUUUCUGCAAACCUGCAGCCCCGCCAUUUUGUUUUGGUAUACAGCUGAGGGAUCGGGUUACCCCUUUUCAAAUUCAUUUAGUCCAGGACUACGAUUCACCUGUGUCAGGGAAACAGGCCCUAAAAGUACCUUUGACAUCUGAUAUGAAUGCCUGUUUUGCUUUUUGUGUGUUGUAUUUCCAGUUUGUGACAGACGGGUCAGACCAGGCACUUGCCAAGCCCGUGGUGGAGUACUGUGUGGUGUGUGGAGACAGAGCCUCAGGUAGGAAGGAAAUGCAGUUGAACUUGUACAAGCACGCACACACACCCUCUUUUUCUCCUUGUGUGACUGACCCUGUUCCCUCCCCCCCCUUCUCCUUCCCCAGGCCGUCACUACGGCGCGGUGAGCUGUGAGGGCUGUAAGGGAUUCUUCAAGCGCAGCAUCAGGAAGAACCUGAUUUAUACAUGCCGGGGGUCCGGAGAGUGUGUCAUCAACAAGCACCACAGGAACCGCUGCCAGUACUGCAGACUGCAGCGCUGCAUGGUCCUGGGCAUGAAACAGGACUGUGAGGACCUGCCCCAAAUCACUUACUGACGUUCACAUAGGAAUAUAUCAUGUUGAACAAACAUGCUUCUCUAGCAUGUAAAUCAAGGAAUCAUGUCGCCUCUAUUUGUGUCAACAUCUGCAGUAUUCCACAACGCCCUGAGUUGCUUAUUAGACAACAUGUUUGAGGGGAUCCGUUUGGGCAAGGUUGAGGUGCAGAAUCUUGAUCACAUAAUGAGUAGUUAUUUGGGAUGGAAAGUGAUUUGUAAAUGAGUGAUUCUGCGCAGUCUGACUGCAAUGUAGUCCAUCUCUGAACCAGAAUGCACAUUAACAGAUGAAGGGUUUAACUGUGUACCCCUCCCUCCCUUCUCUCUCUGUGUAGCUGUUCAGUGUGAGAGGAAGCCGGUGGAGGUCUCUAGAGAGAAGUCAAUCAACUGUGCUGCGUCUACAGAGAAGAUCUACAUCAGGAAGAACCUGUGUAGUCCUCUGGCUGCCAUGCCCACUUUCGUCACCGACAAGGAGACAGCCAGGUACUACAAGGAGUCAGCCAGGUACUACAAGGAGUCAGCCAGGUACUACAAGGAGACAGCCAGGUACUACAAGGAGUCAGCCAGGUACUGCAAGGAGUCAGCCAGGUACUGCAAGGAGUCAGCCAGGUACUGCAAGGAGUCAGCCAGGUACUGCAAGGAGUCAGCCAGGUACUGCAAGGAGUCAGCCAGGUACUAGAAGGAGUCAGCCAGGUACUAGAAGGAGUCAGCCAGGUACUGCAAGGAGUCAGCCAGGUACUGCAAGGAGUCAGCCAGGUACUGCAAGGAGUCAGCCAGGUACUGCAAGGAGUCAGCCAGGUACUGCAAGGAGUCAGCCAGGUACUAGAAGGAGUCAGCCAGGUACUGCAAGGAGUCAGCCAGGUACUGCAAGGAGUCAGCCAGGUACUGCAAGGAGUCAGCCAGGUACUGCAAGGAGACAGCCAGGUACUAGAAGGAGACAGCCAGGUACUGCAAGGAGAGAAGCCAGGUACUACAGCUACUGCAGCUGGCUUAAGGGCCCCAUUCACACUGAGCAACGCAGUAUAAAAUGACAGUUUGGUUGAAUAUAAGCGCAUGAGGUCAUACCAAACACGGCCUCAAAACGCACGUAGCGCAUACUCCUCCAUUAGCUCUGUGUGGGAUGCAUCGCCAUUGUUUAUGAGAUAAUUCCAUCUAGGGCACAGUUUUUCAAAAGUUAUUUAUCUGGAUUUUGCCUAUCGGAUAGGAUUAAGUGCAUAGAAUGAGUAGAACGCGAGUCCCCAUUCAAGUCAAUGAUUAGUCUGUUCUAUUCAUUCUAUUUCUAUGCAUUUAAUCCUAUUGGCGAAAUCCAGAUGGAUAACUUUUGAAAAACGGGGCCCAGGUCAUCAGGAGGGAUCAGCCAAUUAAUUUUAACUCGUGAGCCAACAUUCCAUAACUGCAGGUGGCAGUAAAUGGCCAGCUUUGGCUUUAUACCUGUUCAUACAACACACUCCAGGUGGCAGUAUGCAUGCUUUGUUUAUUUACCAACUCGUAGAAGUAGUAGAAGAAGAACAUUGGCUACUUCAAAAUGGAGAUGGCCUAAAUUGGCGCUGCCUGUGUGCUCACAGACAGAUAAAAAGAAGAGUCCUCUAUCAUUCUCUAUGCCAGGCAGGGCCUAAAACAAAAACAUGUUUUAUAACAGCCACUGUGGCAGGUAGAUAACAAAUCUACCAGCCACUACAAUGUUUUACCUGCCAAAAUAUGUUUUGCCAUAAUUACACAAAGAAACACAAGAAAAUGGAUGAUCAUGCUUAGUAAUGUUUCUAAAACAAGAAAUGUAUUACUAGUAAGAAGUAAUGUGGUAUAUUGCUAGAUUUAAUUUAAUAUUCUGUGACCUGAGUGUUUUAACAAAAAUAUCAGACAAAAAUGUUUAGCUGCCCCUUUAAGGUUACCUUGGUAACAAGGCCACUUGAGUCAUGUGUACCCGUUAGAACGUCACUCAUAGAGGCCAAUGAUGUCUGUUUUAGCUAGCAGUGGGAGCAAACUCAAACAUUGAAAAGCAACCUAGCUUGUGAACAAAACAAUGUAAUUAGCCAAGAAAAACAAAUCUUUCAGCACUCACAGUGCUCACUGCCCCCCAGACAGGCAGUGUUGCUGCGCGAGGUGGGAUAGCUAUAAUGUUAGAAUUCAGAUUUCUUUGUGCUUUACCAGAUAUGAAACAAAAUGUCAGAAAUACUUUGAAAACAGCUACUGCAGCAUUUAUUUUGCUAUAAAUCACAACUCUCACUUGUACCCAUAAUUGACUAUUUUUAUUAAACGCUUGCACUGCAGAGCCCAGAGUGUUACCACGCCAACGUGGCUGGUGAAUUAGACAUUAUUUUACCGCCAAUGCCAAAAUCUACCCGCGUUUGGCAGGUGGCGGAUGUUAAUUUUAGGCCCUGAUGCAAGAGUUAUUUGCAAGGGUUAUUUUCUGAGCCAAAAAACAACGUUUGAAAUGAUUAUGCUUUAGUCAAAUAUUAUAUCUGUUUGGGCUUCUUGCGGUCAAUUUGCAGUGUACACAUUAUUUGUAAUUAUGUUCCGGUCCCCCGACCAUCCGCUCAAGGAGAAAUCGACCCGCGGCUGAAUGUAGUUGGGGACCUCUGCUCUAGACCCUAACCACAGUGUAAAUCGUUCAUAAUAGGUCUCUCCUCCCCUUCAUGUGCUCUGAUUUGGAAAAUACUUGACAGGUGAAAACCAAUCUGGUGGUAGUAGAUCAUGAUUAGACUGGGGUUCACCUGAUCAGAUUGUUUCCCUUCAGAUCAGUGCAGAUGUGGACAGCGUAAACGGAAUGAGGACCACCUGGUUUCACUAACCAACUGUAGGUCCCGUGUAGCUCAGUUGGUAGAGCAUGGCGCUUGCAACGCCAGGGUUGUGGGUUCGUUUCCCACGGGGGGCCAGUAUGAAAAAAAAAAUGUAUGCACUCACUAACUGUAAGUCGCUCUGGAUAUGAGUGUCUGCUAAAUGACAAAAAAAAAAAAAAAAAAAUUGUACAGCCAUUUGAGAUCUCUGUGAUUGGAUGGAAGAAUUGAAGUGUGUUGUUUGUGUUUGCAGGUCAACCAGUUUGCUGGAGUCGAGCAUGCUCCUGAACAUCCAGCAGCCUUUCCCCAAGCUAGAGAACACCAUCCUGGUCCCCACGUCCCCUGAAUCGGUGAGUAACUGCACCACACAACAGAUGGCUUGCUUUCAUUUGGUAAUUGCUGAGGCUGUGUUUCCCAACCCUGGUCCUCCAGUACCCCCCAACAGUACACAUUUUGACAAGCACACCUGAUUCAACUUGUCAACUAAUCAUCAAGCCCUCAAUGAGUUGAAUGAGGUGUGCUUGACCAGGGCUACAACAAAACUGUGUGCUGUUGGGGGUACUGGAGGACCGGGGUUGGGAAACACUGUUGGGGAUACUGGAGAACCAGGGUUGGGAAACACUGUUGGGGGUACUGGAGGACCAGGGUUGGGAAACACUGUUGGGGGUACUGGAGGACCGGGGUUGGGAAACACUGUUGGAGGUACUGGAGGACCAGGGUUGGGAAACACUGUUGGGGGUACUGGAGGACCAGGGUUGGGAAACACUGUUGGGGGGUACUGGAGGACCAGGGUUGGGAAACACUGUUGGGGAUACUGGAGGACCAGGGUUGGGAAACACUGUUGGGGGUACUGGAGGACCAGGGUUGGGAAACACUGUUGGGGGAACUGGAGGACCAGGGUUGGGAAACACUGUUGGGGGUGCUGGAGGACCGGGGUUGGGAAACACUGUUGGGGAUACUGGAGGACCAGGGUUGGGAAACACUGUUGGGGGUACUGGAGGACCAGGGUUGGGAAACACUGUUGGGGAUACUGGAGGACCAGGGUUGGGAAACACUGUUGGGGGUACUGGAGGACCAGGGUUGGGAAACACUGUGCUAUGGGAUGGUAUAUUAUCAAGAAGAUGUUCUUUUAAAAUCUGAUCUGAAAACGUGUGCAAAUACCAAAGUUGCCAUUGUCAAUAAAGAUCACGUAAUUAACAUUCAUUAAUAGAUAGCUUUGUGUGCAUUGUUCAUUGGCAUCUGUGUUAUUUGCAACAUUUCCGAAACAGAUUCUACAGAACAUUCUUUAGAAUAUAGCAUUCUGUUGCUGAUAUGUCAUUCUGACCUGGCUCCCUCAAGAACCUCCUACACAGUCUCUAAUACAACAUGUGUGAUGGACAAUAUCCUCUGUGCCCCUCUGUAGAAUGAUCUGGCUUGUCAGGGCGACAUUUACAACAUCCAGCAAUUAAAUCGUAAAAUCAUGAAGCUGAAAUGGAUUAAGUAGCAAUUAUAUCUGUCUGUAAUAACCUUAGAGAUCAGGAGGUGAUUUAAUAGAUUUUUUCAGAUUGAUUAAUAAUGGUGCUUGAUUGUCCCUUGUGCCCUUCCGUAGAAUGACCCGUGUCAGGGCGACCUGAGCACGCUGGCCAAUGUGGUGACGUCACUGGCCCACUUGAACAAGGCCCGGGAGAUGAACGACGUUACCGACGGCAAUGACCUGAUGGGCGCGGACGACACCCUUAGCAAUGGAGACAGCUCCAUGACGGAUCUCCAAGGAGACGAACAGACUGCCAGUGACAUCACCCGGUGAGGAGAGCUUUCAUACAGGAUUAUUUAUUUUUAUGAUACACUUUUUUUUAUAAAAUGUUAAUAUAGCCUAAAAGGUCAAUGACCCAAUACAGCUAUUGGACAGUAAAAUGUGUAAGAUCAUUAUGCUACAUUUAUUGGCUAAUAGCCUUACUGAUCUUUUUAACCAAUAGGUGUAUUGGAUGUUCUGAGUGUAUCAGAAGGAUCUUAGGGGUUCUGUAUAUCAUGGGGCUCAAAUUGAAUCUUUCGAGCCAAGGGCCAUGUGGUUCUUGUGUUCCUGCCUUGGUUAAUUAGAUUACUCCCAGGUUUGUGAUUUUCCCAUCCAAGAGUAACGUUACUGUGAAGCUUGAAUUUGCUUUUCUGCAGUGUAUGUCUUCAUCACUUUCUGCUGAACCUCAGCUUUUCAAAAUGAAAGCCAUGACCAUAGAAUUAGAAUACUAGAAUGGACAUGAACCUUCUUAUGAUGGGAUAAAGGUCAGCCAUGUUGGUCAGGGAGUUGGUCAACCAUGGUUUGCCAGUGCUGUGAUAAGAUAUUUUGUAAAACAACGAAUGUGAAUAAUUUAUCUGCACUGUAUGUUUGUUAGCUAGCAAGCCAGACAGUUUUAGAGGAAUGAUCCCAUCAAUUUUUCAAAUUAACUGCCAAUAUGCCAACAUUACAUUCAAACAAUGCAGUCAAUCCACAGCCAUACACUGUCUCAAAUCAGUUGAUGAUAGGACUUAGACAAGUUGUAAAUGCAACAAGUAAUGAUAUUGUAUCAUAUAAUAGCACUCUCAGCAUUCCAAGAAAACAAAAUCUGAGACAUUUGUGGUCUGUUUACAUAUAUUUUAGAGGCUAUUAUAUAAAACCUGUAUAAACUAUAUUUAUAAUUUAUUGACAAUAUUUUAGGUUGACUAUAAUUCCAUUACACCAUUUCUAAUACCUCACAUACCUGUGUUUUAUUUUCCUGCAUAAGUGAAAGCAGGAAAUGCAUCACCUAUGCCUCUACUGACAUACAUUCUAAUUAGACUGGUUUUGGAUUUCUCCCUGAACAAGAUGGCUGCCAUUUUGGUCCCAUUAUGGAACUUUUGGGUUUAUGACAUAGCCCAUCUAGUAAUUUUAAUAGAAUCUCUAUGGCCAUGACAAUCAAAGCUCAUAUUCAUUAUCUCCAGCACCAAACCAGUGUCUAUGUGUGUAUAUAUAUAUAUAUAUGUAUAUAUGUGUGUGUGUGUGAAAACAGCGUGUUUCUAUGAUUUGUGGUUAAGAAGAAAGGUCAUAAAAAAUGAUUCUCUGUGACAUCACAGCAUAGGAUGAAGUUGAUUUUUUUAAAACUCAAAACCUGCCAUGAGUUUUAACCAGAGGGAGGGUAUUUUCUUGCUCCCCACAUCACCGCAAAUCUCAUAGUGUUUGAAAAUCACUUUAAAAAAAUGUUUUAACUCAUUGGGUAGAACCUUUUUAACUUUUAAUAUUUUUUUCCUACAAAAUGUAGAAAUGCGCAGUUUUCACAGAUGUAGACGCUGGUAUUGUUCUGGAGAUAAUGAACGCAAGGUUGGAAAGUGGUGGAAUUGGCCUUUAAAGGUUCCUAGUUUGUUGACUUGCUGGAGUGUGCGUGUGUGUGUGCAUGCUUAAUUAGGUUGCGCAAGACUCGCUGGUUUGAGAUUUGCCAUCGUAGUAACCUUACUGUCAAGCUUGUUUUCUCUUAGGCACUGUUUCUUCAUCACUUGGAACAGCAGAAUGAUAAGAUAUGUUCUUUUAUCCAUUCAUCUCAUCUUCAUCUCUCUCUCCUCACCUCCUUCUCAAAAUGUAUUGAAGAAGAACGUCUGAGGGGAGGGAACGGUUGGGAAGUAGGCGAGGAGAUGGGUUUGGACCAAUCAUGUUCCCGGAAAAGACUAUAUGAGAUGGUGGAGCCCUCUUAGGGAUUAAGGAUCCUAGUUCGUGAACUGACCUGUCCAUUAUGUCUGCCCCACCUCCCCAGAGCUUUUGACACACUGGCCAAGGCAAUGAACCCUGGGGACGGCUCAGCAGGAGACUCUCUGGAGGCCACCAUGCAGCUGAUGUCAGGAGACCAGUCUGGCCCGGUGGUGGAGCUGCAGGGGCCUCUACUCUCAGACAGCCACGUCCCCUUCAAGGUGAGGGUCUUGGGCCAUCGCCCGUAACACCCGGAUUGCAUCCCAAAUGGCACCCUAUUCCCUAUAUAGUGCACUACUUUUGACCAGAGCCCAAUUGGCCCGGGUCAAAAGUAGUGCACUGUAAAGGGAAUAGAGCCAGUUGGGACACAGCCCCUCUCAAAGGGACAGGGGCUUACCCAUAACACCUGAUUGAAAGUUCAUUAUCUUGAAGAAAGGUAGACUUAUUCUCAGUGUGUCAUAAAAAGAGUGAUUCAAGAGGGACUAAGCCAGGAUUAAUAAAGUAAUCACCUUUCAGACUUGUCUCUAAUGAUAUCUAGGCCCAUUUGUUCUCCCUCAAGUCAUGACGUCUCUCUCUCUCACUCAACCUCUUGUUUAACAUGUUUGGAAUGGUUGGAGUAGUGAUAGGAUAAUGGUGUUUAUAAACUGCUCAAAUCUCACUCUCUCUCUCUCUUUCUCUCUCUCUGUCUCUCUUUCUCUCUCUCUCUUUUUCUCGCUCUCGCUCUCUCUCUCUCUUUUUCUCUCGCUCUCUCUCUCUUUUUCUCUCUCUCUCUUUUUCUCUUUCUCUCUCUCUAGCUGAUGAUGCCUUUGCCCAUGCCUGAGUACCUCAAUGUGAACUACAUCUGUGAGUCAGCCUCGCGGCUCCUCUUCCUGUCCAUGCACUGGGCACGCUCCAUACCUGCCUUCCAAGCCUUGGGGUGAGUACCUAGCUACAUGCGUACCGCUGUGUUUCUAUAAGUCUACAUUCAGGUAUCUAAUGUAUUUGUAAGCUGGCCUGUAUAUCCUGCCUACUGACCAAAGCCAGUGAACCAAAAUGCAGAUACAUUAUAUAAUAUGUUAUCCUGAAUGAUUUUAAAAUAGUGUAUCCACUGGGAUUGUAUCAAUUCCAUUAAAUUAUCAAAUAAAAUGCUAAAUCAUACAUUAUCAUAUUAAAUAUAUAUUUAUUUAUCUAAUAAAUCCUCUUUAUUUCUCUCUCCCAGUGGUCAGGAUAACGACAUUAACCUGAUGAAGGCGUGUUGGAACGAGCUGUUUGCUCUGGGUCUGGCUCAGUGCUCCAAUGUCAUGAAUGUUGCCACCAUCCUGGCUGCCAUCAUCAACCACCUUCAGACCAGCCUACAAGAUGGUACAGGAGGUGAUGGUAAAAAUGAAAACAUAUUAAUCACAAUAAUUGGCAGCAGAUGCUUUUAGGUCCUCGGUGGGGUGGGAUUGGGAUUGGGGGGAGGACGGGGGGGGUUGUAACUUCAUUUUGUAUUUAUGUUUGCUGACGAUUAUUAUCGCUAAAUAAAAGAUGAAUCGCAACAACAACAACAAAAAAAAGUGUCUACAAAGCGGCAUGUAUUCUCAUAUUUAAUGAACUCUCAUCUUGGUCCCUACAGAGAAGCUGUCCCCAGAGAGAGUGAAGCUGGUGAUGGAACACAUCUGGAGGAUGCAGGAGUUCUGUAACAGCAUGGCCAAGCUGUCCCCUGACUCCUAUGAAUAUGCCUACCUCAAAGCCAUCAUCCUCUUCAGCCCUGGUGAGUAGGGGACGGGAGUGGCAGGUAGCUUAGUGGGUAAGAGCGUUGUGCCAGUAACCGAAAGGUCGCUGGUUCUAAUCCCCGAGCCGACUAGGUGAAAAAUCUGUCGACGUGCCCUUUAAGCAAGGCACUUAACCCCUAAUUGCUCCUGUAAGUCGCUCUGGAUAAGAGCGUCUGCUAAAUGACUAAAAUGUAAAUGUGAGUGGGGGAGAAGAUUUUGAGGUUCAUUAUGGGUUAUUUUCAUGAAAGAAUGAUGCAACUCACUGAUAUCAUUGGCCACGUUCCAGAGCGUCUGCAAAACGCCCGUGCACCAAAUCAUCUCACACCGCCCACCCGGGCUUGGCGAAGUGUUUAACAUGUCAGUAACCGCAUCAAUAUGAUACAGUGCGACUGCUUUUAAAGAUUGUCUGGAACGCGACCAUUGGUCUAAACAUGCACACGGUGACACUUAUGCAGUAACAUGACGACUUGUUCUGUGGAUCAAAAAAGUAUGCGUCCCUGCAGCAUAUUAAGGUGACCAGUCUCGCGGCGGUGCGGUUCUGGUGUGGUUGUGUAUGUGGCCAGCUGGGAGGUUCUGGAUGGUUUUAAAGGACCGCUGAGACAACAUGCGGACUGGGUAGAUUUCUAUCACACUCCGAGAAAGAUGAGUCAAGAUGACCAUGACUGUUGGCUGCUUCCUCUUGCGCUGGUGUCUGAUGGAAAAACUAAAGAAAAGGUGCCUCUGUACUUUCACACCUUCUUAGUGUAGCUGGGUGCUGUCAGCAAGGAGGGAGAGCGAGAAGAGAAGGAAACGGGGUGCAUUCAUUUUUUACAGUUCUGUAACCUAGGAGUAUGCCUACCUCCAAGCCAUAGUUCUCUUCAGUACUGGUUGGGGGAUUGGGGUAAUUUUUAAGUUUCAUUAUGUGUAAAUGAUGGGGAAGUGCUGAUGGAAGAGAAAAGGAAGGAUGUCGAUGUGUGAUGUGACGUACAGUGCCUUGCAAAAGUAUUCAUCCCCCUUGGCGUUUGUCCUAUUUUGUUGCAUUACAACCUGUAAUUUAAAUAUACUUUUAUUUGGAUUUCAUGUAAUGGACAUACACAAAAUAGUCCAAAUUGGUGAAGUGAAAUGAAAAAAAUAACUUGUUUCAAAAAAUUCAAAUAAAUAAAUAACGGAAAAGUGGUGCGUGCAUAUUUAUUCACCCCCUUUGCUAUGAAGCCCCUAAAUAAGAUCUGGUGCAACCAAUUACCUUCAGAAGUCACAUAAUUAGUUAUUUAACAUUUACAUUUACAUUUUAGUCAUUUAGCAGACGCUCUUAACCAGAGCGACUUACAGGAGCAAUUAGGGUUAAGUGCCUUGCUCAAGGGCACAUUAACGUCAUUUAGCAGACGCUCUUAGCCAGAGCGACUCACAAAUUGGUGCGUUCACCCUAUAGCCAGUGGGAUAACCACUUUACAAUUUGGGGGGGGGGGGGGGGGGGGGUUAGAAGGAAUACUUUAGCCUAUCCCAGGUAUUCCUUAAAGAGGUGGGGUUUCAAAUGUCUCCGGAAGGUGGUGAGUGACUCCGCUGUCCUGGCGUCGUGAGGGAGCUUGUUCCACCAUUGGGGUGCCAGAGCAGCGAACAGUUUUGACUGGGCUGAGGGGGAGCUGUGCUUCCGCAGAGGAAGGGGAGCCAGCAGGCCAGAGGUGGAUGAACGCAAUGUCCUCGUUUGGGUGUAGGGACUGAUCAGAGCCUGAAGGUACAGGGGUGCCGUUCCCCUCACUGCUCCAAAGGCAAGCACCAUGGUCUUGUAGCGGAUGCGAGCUUCAAUUGGAAGCCAGUGGAGUGUGCGGAGGAGGGGGGUGACGUGAGAGAACUUGGGAAGGUUGAACACCAGACGGGCUGCGGCAUUCUGGAUGAGUUGUAGGGGUUUAAUGGCACAGGCAGGGAGCCCAGCCAACAGCGAGUUGCAGUAGUCCAGACGGGAGAUGACAAGUGCCUGGACCAGGACCUGCGCCGCUUCCUGUGUAAGGCAGGGUCGCACUCUCCGAAUGUUGUAGAGCAUGAACCUGCAGGAGCGGGUCACCGCCUUGAUGUUGGCGGAGAACGACAGGGUGUUGUCCAGGGUCACGCCUAGGCUCUUCGCACUCUGGGAGGAGGACACAGCGGAGUUGUCUACCGUGAUGGCGAGAUCAUGGAACGGGCAGUCCUUCCCGGGGAGGAAGAGCAGCUCCGUCUUGCCAGGGUUCAGCUUGAGGUGGUGAUCCGUCAUCCAUACUGAUAUGUCUGCCAGACAUGCAGAGAUGCGAUUCGCCACCUGGUGAUCAGAAGGGGGAAAGGAGAAGAUUAGUUGUGUAUCGUCAGCGUAGCAAUGAUAGGAAAGGCCAUGUGAGGAUAUGACAGAGCCAAGUGACUUGUGUCACAUGAUUUAAGUGUCACAUGAUCUCAGUGUAUAUAUACACCUGUUUUGAAAGGCCCCAGAGUCUGCAACACCACUAAGCAAGGGGCACCACCAAGCAAGCGGCACCAUGAAGACCAAGGAGUUCUCCAAACAGGUCAGGGACAAAGUUGUGGAGAAGUACAGAUCAGGGUUGGGUUAUAAAAAUAUAUCCGAAACUUUUAGCAUCCGACAGAGCAGCAUUAAAUCCAUUAUUAAAAAAUGGAAAGAAUAUGGCACCACAACAAACCUGCCAAGAGAGCACCCACCAAAACUCACGGACCAGGCAAGGAGGGCAUUAAUCCGAGAGGCAACAAAGACACCAAAGAUAACCCUGAAGGAGCUGCAAAGCUCCACAGCAGAGAUUGGAGUAUCUGUCCAUAGGACCACUUUAAGCCGUACACUCCACAGUGCUGGGCUUUACGGAAGAGUGGCCAGAAAAAAGCCAUUGCUUAAAGAAAAAACACGUUUGGUGUUUGCCAAAAGCCAUGUGUGAGUAUGGUAUGACUGAAAGAUUGCUGUUCACCAGCGGAACCCAUCCAACUUGUAGGAGCUGGAGCAGUUUUGCCUUGAAGAAUGGGCAAAAAUCCCAGUGGCUAGAGAGAAUACCCCAAGAGAAUUGCAGCUGCAAAAGGUGGCUCUACAAAGUAUUGACUUUGGGGGGGUGAAUGGUUAUGCAUGCUCAAGUUUUCUGUUUUUUAGUCUUAGUGUAGCCAGGUGCUGCUCUUCAGACAAAAGUUCCCAGAUUGUCAGCAAACUAUUUAAACAAAGGAAAGUACGCUCAGGUCUCCGAACCGGAACACGGUCCCUAUAGGUUAGCUGUGUACAUAAAGGGAGAGUUCUUAUGAAUACAAUAGAGUUGCACCCUUUCCUUUUGUUGAAUUUAAUUGUUCUGUGUGUCUUUGCCAAGAAAUGUUUGAUAUGAAAACGCCCACUGAUAAAUAUAAUAGACAACUAAUAAUGGACGUCAACUAUAUUGGAAGAGAACUAUAAUGGACGUCAACUAUAUUGGACGAGAACUAUAAUGGACGUCAACUAUAAUGGACAAGAACUAUAAUGGACGAGAACUAUAAUGGACGUCAACUAUAAUGGACGAGAACUAUAAUGGACGUCAACUAUAAUGGACGUCAACUAUAAUGGACGAGAACUAUAAUGGACGUCAACUAUAAUGGACGUCAACUAUAAUGGACAACUAUAAUAGCGGAGAAAUGGAAACACGCACACAGUCAGGGACAGGUGUUUGGUAACUGAUUCUGUGUGUCUCUUUGCUGUAGACCACAUUUCCUUUUGUUUAACGGACGUGUGUGUGUGUGUGUGUGUGUGUGUGUGUGUGUGUGUGUGUGUAGACCACCCAGGUAUAGACAACACCCUACAGAUCCAGCGUUUCCAGGAGAAGGCCUACAUGGAGUUACAGGACUAUGUAACUCGGACCUACCCUGAAGACUCGUAUCGGUCAGUAACAUCUCGUUAUGCAUGACUACAUCUUAAUAUAACAUCUCAUUAUGCAUCACUAUAUCUCAAUAAAACAUCUCAUUAUGCAUCACUACAUCUCAUUAUGCAUAACUACAUCUCAUUAUAACAUCUCAUUAUGCAUCACUACAUCUCAUUAUGCAUCACUACAUCUCAUUAUGCAUCACUACAUCUCAUUAUAGCAUCACUACAUAUCAUUAUGCAUCACUACAUCGCACUAUAACAUCUCAUAAUGCAUCACUACAUCUCAUUAUAACAUCUCAUUAUGCAUCACUACAUCUCAUAAUGCAUCACUACAUCUCAUUAUGCAUCACUACAUCUCACUAGAUCAUCUCAUUAUGCAUCACUACAUCUCUCUGUAUCGCGCUCUCUCGCUCUGUAUCGCUUCUCUGUGUCGCUCUCUGUGUAUCGCUCGCUCUCUCUUUCUCUCUAUCGCUCUCCUAAUCGCGCUCUCUCUCUCUGUGUAUCGCUCUCUGUGUAUCGCUCUCUCUCUCUGUGUAUCGCUCUCUCUUCCUGUCUCACAUUUCCACUAUUUUCCAUCUCUUCUCAAUGAAAUUGUCAAAUUCAAAUGCUUUAUUGGCAUGUAAUUUACAAGGAUAUAUUGUCCAUUCAUAACAGCCCUCCCUCCCUCCCUCUUUCCCCUCAGGUUAUCCAAGCUGCUGCUGCGUCUCCCUGCCCUGCGGCUGAUGAGUGCAGCGGUGACAGAGGAGCUGUUCUUCACUGGCCUCAUCGGCAACGUGCAGAUAGACAGCAUCAUCCCUUACAUCCUCAAGAUGGAGUCCACCGACUACAACAGCCAGGUGGCCACUGGCGUCUGACCUCUGACCUUACCCCACUCCGACCCUGGUCACCACGGCAGCCACCAUCAUCACAAGGUCAACAUGGAAACAUCACCUGCAGGCCAUUUUAGGCAAACGGCCAUGGAAACGUUAACAUUCUUAGGGGGGGGUAAAACUGCAGGGGCGUGUUCAUUAGGGCACACUGUUAGCAAAACGUUUUGCAACAGACAAUGAAAAAUAGCAUUUAUUUUAUUGGACAAGUUCAGGCAGUACCUCCCUGUUUUUUUUGUUGUUGCUCUGUUUCUGACAUUUUUCUUUCCGUUUGGUGCCAACUGAACAGGACCCAGUUUGGUUGCAUUGUGACCACCUCCCCUCAACAGAAUCUGAAGGUUUUCUCAAUGGAAUCUGAUGACGACUUCUUCAGUGCUGAAACAAUCCUCCUCUUUGUCUCCCCUGAAUAUACCAUAGCUCAGAAGACAAUUUAGUCCACACACCCAGAGGUUACAGCUGGCUUGCCUACCGUUGUCCAUUCACGAAAUGAACUUUGAAUCAGUCAAGCAUCCUAGAUUGUGCUUUUUUUUAUUAAUGUGUACAGCAUUAUUUUAUUCUUAUCUUUUCUUCAAUCCUUUCAUUUUGUGAUCCUGAUUUUGUUUGUAUUUUGAUGAAUGAACGGACAGAGGAGCCGUUUGCUUUUUUCAACAGCCCCCUCAUCUGCUUUCAACUUGCGCUUUUUUUUAUUUAGUAAAGAUUUGAGAAACUUUCACAAUCUGAAUUGGUUUGUCAUGAUGAUGAUGAUGAUGAUAUUUGGUCAGUGUAUUAAGGUUCUAACCUUUUUAGAUGGUAUAGGAUGUUUGCCAGUCCGAAGAAACAGGCUUGCAUCAUGAGUCGACUCUUCUAGAACAUGGAACAUAUGGAAUAUGCAACAUGUGGAACUCAUAGAAUC